UCAUCACUGACCAAUUUCGUAAACAAUGUCGCAUUAAUUUGUCGAAAUUGGAAGGCGUUAUUAAUAAUGUCCCAAGAAAAGUAGUCAAAGAAUAAACAAUGGAGGUGUUCCAGACGGACUCACACUAUAUCUUCGUGAAGCGGGACAAGAGCUUGUGGUGGAACCGCAGAACAUCGGAAUUUUCACUGAAAGCAGGAUGGGAUCUUAGCUCUGUGGACGACAUCGAGUGCAUCGGAGUAACCCAUGGCAUUGUGGGCGUGAUCUCGUUGCCCAAUGUCUAUGAACCGCACUUGGUAGUGGUCAAGGAGGCAACGGCAGUGGGUGUGCUAUAUCCCCCACACUUGGUGUACAAGAUCAAGUCGAUAUGCAUACUUAGUGCCGAGGAGCCGGACACCGAACUUCCAAAUUGCACUAAGCACACCAAAAGCAACCAAUCCACGCCCACUCACAGCGUCUCCACCUCAAACAACAACAAUGCAAGCGUUCCCUCGAGUGGAAGUGGCUCUUCAAAGAGCACCAAGUUGUUCGAGGGAAUGAACAAAACCUGGGGAGCGGUAAAGAGUGCUGGAAACACCAUCAAAAAUACCACCCAGCAAGCUGCGAAUUUGGCCACCAAGCAGGUGAAGUCAUCAGUGGGCAUCCGGGAACCGAAACACAUCGAACGGCGCAUCACCGAGGAGCUGCACAAGAUAUUCGACGACACCGAUAGCUUCUAUUUCAGCUUCGACUGCGAUAUAACCAACAAUCUACAGCGUCAUGAGGCUGCAUUGGAGGAGAAACAGCCUCAGCCGGAUGAGCGGUUCUUCUGGAACAUGCACAUGAUUCGAGAUUUGCUCAGCUUGAAUGAUAAAACAUGGAUACUGCCCAUUAUUCAGGGAUUUAUGCAAGUUGAAAACUGUGUUAUAGGCAAUGAAUGCUUUACUUUGGCGUUGGUAUCGCGGAGAUCUCGUCAUCGUGCGGGAACACGCUACAAGCGACGAGGAGUGGAUGAGAAGGGAAACUGCGCAAAUUACGUGGAGACAGAGCAAAUACUCUCAUUCCGCCACCACCAGCUGUCAUUCACCCAAGUUCGUGGUUCCGUUCCGAUCUAUUGGAGCCAGCCCGGUUACAAGUACCGCCCACCACCACGCCUUGAUCGUGGAGUGGCCGAAACUCAGCAGGCCUUUGAGCUGCACUUCACCAAGGAAUUGGAAAUCUACGGUCGCGUUUGCAUCGUCAAUCUGGUGGAGCAAAGCGGAAAGGAGAAGACCAUUGGAGAUGCCUACGCCGAUCACGUGAUCAAGUACAACAACGAGCUAAUGAUAUAUGUAACUUUCGAUUUUCACGAUUACUGCCGAGGCAUGCGCUUCGAGAAUGUUUCCGCCCUGAUCGAUGCAGUGGGUCCCGAGGCAGGCGCGAUGGGUUUCCACUGGCGUGAUCAACGGGGAAUGAUAUGUAACCAGAAGUCCGUGUUCCGCGUGAACUGCAUGGAUUGUCUGGAUCGAACAAACGUGGUGCAAACGGCCAUUGGAAAGGCGGUGCUUGAAUCUCAGCUAGUUAAAUUAGGCCUCUCGCCUCCCUAUACUCCCAUUCCAGAGCAACUGAAGUCUCCAUUUAUGGUGCUCUGGGCAAACAACGGGGACAUAAUCAGUCGACAGUAUGCGGGUACCAAUGCCUUGAAGGGAGACUACACUCGCACCGGCGAACGCAAAAUCAGCGGCAUGAUGAAAGACGGCAUGAACUCGGCCAAUCGCUUUUUCAUACAAAACUUUGCCGACUCGUUUCGCCAGUGCAUCAUCGAUCUGAUGCAGGGGCAGUUGCUGCGGGCAGAAGAACUGCAGGAGGACGAGGUCCUGGACACCAUUCUCCAGAUCCUCACUCCAGAGACCCGGCCCCCGCUCCGGGGCUAUUAUAAUCCCGGUGUGCUGGGACCCGAGCUGCAGCUUCUCGAAUCCAUCGUUAUGACCAGUUACUACUUGGCGCGCUUUAAGGACUCCUAUCGCCAGGCAACCAUUGAUCUAAUGCUGGGAAAUCAGGUCUCCUCAGAAUCGCUCAGCGCUUUGGGUGGUCAAGCGGGUCCGGAUGAAAGCGAUGGAACGGAAAAUGCAGAGCACGCCAAGUUGCUUGUGGAAGAUUGUCGUCGUCUGUUGUUGGGAUCGGCUCAGUAUCCCGUUGGAGCUUGGGGACUUAUAGAUGCUGACCCAAGCUCCGGCGAUGCCAACGAAACUGAGGUGGACUCCAUACUGUUGCUAACCGACGACUGCUACAUUGUGGCCGAAUACGACUCGCACCUGGACAAGAUUGUGCGCUUUGAAAAGGUGCAACUGACGCAGGUGCGGCUUAUCGAGUUGGGGAUGCAUCAACAGGCGAAAAUCUUCCAGGGAUCCGCUCCGGCACAUCUGUGUCUGCGUCUCAACUACAGCGUGGACGGGCAGGAGGGCUACUUCCACAUGUUCCGCUCGGCCAAUCUGAGAUUCUUCAACAACAUGGCCUACGUGAUCAAGACGCAGGAGGAGCUAACGGAAUCUCUGACCUCGAUAGUCGAGAUGUUCCGGAUCGCCCUUGACAACGCCGGGAAUACAGACGUUCGCUAUAUCACGGGAGGUGUGCUGCAGCGCAGGAAGAGCAAGUUGCCCAUGCUCGAUGUUCCCAGGGGCAUGCCGCGUAACCUUUCCGAAUCUCAGCUGGUGCAAUUCAGCUCAAAGGCUCUUUCUAAUGUGGCGGGACAGUUCUCCAAACUGGGCCAGACCUUUAAGAAGCCAUCGGGUGCCAGCCAACAGCCAGCUCACCCCAGCAACUUGGCAGCCACCAUCAAUCCGCAAGUGAUGCGCCAGACGGGAGGCAACGAAGUAGAAUCUGGCCAGGAGGCGGAGAAGGCUGUCUUUACUGUGGGUCGCAAGCAGAGAAACUCGAACAGCGCCAGCAGCACAGAUACUGAUGAGCACGACAACAGCUUGUAUGAGCCCGAGGUGGAUUCCGACGUGGAGAUAGCCAUGGACAAGUCCAACUACAACGAGAACGCCUUCCUGCCAUCGGUGGGCAUUGUCAUGGGCAACCAGAAGGAGGACUCGCCCAGCUCCUCCGACGAAAUUCGUCAAUUGGAACAGAAGGAUAGCAUGUGCAAGACCGCCGAGGAUGUGCUCACCAUUUCCAUUACCUCCGUGACGGAUCACGUUGGUCUGCCCACUGGCCUCCUGGAGAACGCUCCUCCCAUCCGACCGAUCACGCCCAAUCCACUAAUCUGCGUGCAAGCUCAGGAAGCCUUUGACGACGGGGAGGAAGGGGUGAAGCCCCUGUCCAGUACUUCGGCCAGAGAUCUCAGCCUUCCUUUGGGCUUGCCCACUCAGCCGGAGGCCAACAAACUGAAGCAGCUCACCAGUCCACUGUCAAAGCUGGCCAAGAAUAUUGGUCUUAACCUCGAUCCCCGCAAGAUAGCAACCAAGACCGGGGUCCUCUCGCCCACCAGUCUUUCUGCCGAGAAUUCUCCGCCAGAGCGCGGUCCCAGUUCCCGAGAUCAUUUGUUGGAACUGUGGGAAGCAGAAAAGUGCAAAACCAAGUUAAUAGCCCUUUAAAGCGGGUUAAUAAGCAAGCAAUACCAAAAGCUCCACACUCUGAAAUUAAGUAGUGCAAGUGAUAUAUUUAUUUUCAAUAUAGAACGUCACAAAAUGAGUAUUGUUCUACCUGUUGUUCGAGGCACUUCCAUCGACAUCGUAUUAGCGAAGCAAUGUAUAUCAAAUCAACGUUUUGAUGGCUCUUAUAAUGUAGAUGAUAUACGCCGUAUUUGUGAUUAUUAUAGCACCAAGCUGUAGUGAGUUAUUUGAUUUGUGUAUGUGUAGUGUACUUAUUCGUUAAGCUUACCAAUAACAAGUUUUGUGUUAUUGCACUGGACAAUAGUGUUUUGGCUCGAAGGUAAAAACAAUAAAAAUGUUGAAAUCGACAAUUUUGAAAGCAGAUUAAAAUUUUACCAUGAUUAAUCAGGCACAAUUAAAUUUUAUUCUUCAUUUACCGUAAUAAAAUACAAAUUAUAAAAACCUCUGAUUUAAAACAUACGUUACGUAAAUUUAAUAAAAAACUUGCUUUAUCGAAGGUAUUAAAUUUCAUUAAAAUACAAGAACUCGCAACUUCUUAUGUUUAAACCACUUUUAAUUUUCUCCAAGAAUAAAUCCCUUAAAUGUGAGCCAUUGUGUUUAGAUAAACCUAUUUGUAGGUAUACAAAUACAUUCUUUGCACCUUUUGUUAAGUCCAAACUUGUUGUCCUGUGCCGAUAUGCUUGCAUUGCUUUUGUCAUUCGGCUUCGUCAGAUAAGUUUAGAAAUUAGUAGGGAAAAUUUGUGCACUCGUCUUAUGAAACAUUUAUACGUACAUACAUCAGGCUGGUGAACUAAAAACUCAACAACACCACAAGAAGACAAGACAAACAAAAGACUUGGCGUUCGCCAAUUUUUUACACGCCACACCAAAAACGAAACGAACCCAUUUUUUUGGCUAGAAACUUAACCAAAUAGUAAACUAGGCAUAUUUGGCUAACGAAAUAUGUAUGAGAAGUGAGUGGAUUUCAGGAAAGUCAACGAAUAUUCGACGAGUUACAAAACCCACACUUUUUAGCUUGCGGAUUCGUUUGAUGUUACUUUCUGUAGUGCGUUUGUAAAUAGAGAAAUGUUUUAUGUAAACGUAAUUCAAUUAUAACUAUGUAUGCGCCACCGAAUAUAUGAAAUAUAUAAAUGUGUUUAAAUGCUUAA